AUUCCUUCCUCAUGUCACCUUGUUUUCAUCUCAAUGCUCUUCAAACAGGUCUAUGGUGCCGUCAACCCUCGCUGACACUCCACCGGUGAUGAUUCGAGCUUCAUCGCAGCCCUCCGCACGCCACCACCACUCACGAUGAGUUCAAGUUCGAAACCGCCGCCCAUGGCCCAUUCCGACGCAUAUUAUGAGUCCAGAUUCAUUCCCAGUUCUUCUCAGAUAGCCUACCAAUACCCUCCGAUCGUUCCGCUACAACAACCUUCACCGGCCCAUGUAAACCCGACCCUACAUCCCAGACCCUACACAAGCACCCACCGAACAGAUCCCAACCGGCCUCAAGGUUCAGUCUCUAGUGGCGAAUCCGGCUCAACGGCAGGGUCGGAUUUCAAACCAUAUCUCCAUAAACAAACAUAUCAUCAGAGUCCCCAGUUGGAGAGGGGGCAACCUGUCUUGGGCGGGCGUGACCAUACUCAGCCUUACUAUGCGCCUCACAUCGACACGAGGAUCCCCCCCAGCAACCAUGGGCCGUCGGAGAUGAUAGAAGACCAAUCGGCGGUCUAUCGAUACAUCCAACAGCAUCAGGCUGAAGAGGAAGAGUAUAAGGAGGAUGAUCAUGCUCUGUGGAUUCUGAUGUGGAUGUCAUUCCUCGAUCCCUUUUACUGCCUAUUUAGCGCCAUCUUCACAUUAUUCUCUGUCCUUGUCAUCAUUGUCAUGCUUCCCUUCCGAUUAUGCCAGAAGGAUGCAUCGUCGAGCACCACACUGAUCCGCCUAGUGGGUCCCAUCUUCCGAAAUCAUCUUCAGAUGAUAUACGCCCAGUCGCUCGAGUAUUCCCAUACAUUCGAGUUCAGCCCUUCGUGUCUGGUCUUUAUUCAGGUCAUAUCACCCAUUUUGAGCAUGGGCAAUGCCAUUGCAGCUUGGGUGGUAGCGGUCUUUUGGAUCUUCGCCAUCAUCAUGGGCAAUCCAGACGGGACCGAGAAGCGAGACGACGGGCGAGCCACGGUGUUGAUGCUGCGCGAUUGGUGGGAGAAAUGUUUGCUAUAUGCAAUCAGAAAGUGACACCACUGUACAGUUACGAGAAGCAAGUCCCUUUUGGUUUACGAUGGAACGAUCACAUGUCAAACUUUUGGCCAAUAUUUUUCUGGCCAUACCUUUUGAGCGAGCGAUCUUGGUCUGUUGGAUUUCACAGGCUCCAAGGAAAUACCCAUUCUCUUUUCCGAGUUUUUCCCCCAAUUCUUCAAGUCACUGCUGGCCUCUUGGUCAGCUCUCGGGCGUGUCUCAUAUGUAUGUCUCUCGGGUUAGAUAGAUCCAGCUCCGGCAUACACUCGAGGUGUUUGACUCCAG